UUGGAGCGCCCACAAGCGCGAAUUGGCAAACUGCGGAUGAAAAUGAGCGGGUCCCUUGUUUUCGAGUAAACGCGUCUUUUUUUAGUUCGACUCUCAACUCUGAAUUGAUCAGUAUGGGAGCUGUUUGUGCAGCACGGCUCUGUUUGUUUUUGCUCUUGUUAAAUACUCGCAAAAGCGCCGCACUUCCACACAGUACUGAUUCAGAUCAUUGCGAAAAGAGAAGCGAUGCCUGUCACAUUGACGCUAUUUGUCAAAACACCCCAACUUCAUUCAAGUGUACGUGUAAAACAGGGUUUAAAGGAGACGGGAAACACUGCGAAGACAUUGAUGAAUGUGAUCUGGAAUACAAUGGUGGCUGUGUACACGAAUGUAACAACAUACCUGGCAAUUAUCGCUGCGCUUGCCUUGAUGGGUUUCAUUUGGAACAUGAUGGACACAACUGUCUUGAUGUGGAUGAGUGUGUCUUCAACAAUGGUGGCUGUCAGCAUAUAUGUGUCAACUCCAUGGGAAGCUAUGAGUGCCGGUGCAAGGAAGGCUUUUUCCUGAGUGACAAUCAACACACAUGCAUCCAUCGCUCCGUGGGAGGCCUGAGCUGCAUGAAUAAAGAACAUGGUUGUGCUCACAUCUGUAAGGAAACACCCAAAGGUGGCAUCGCCUGUGAGUGCCGGCCAGGCUUUGAGCUGGCCAAGAACCAGCGAUGCUGCAUCUUGACAUGUAACCAUGGCAACGGGGGCUGCCAGCACAUCUGUGAGGAUACAGAGCAGGGGCCCAUCUGCAGGUGUCACAUCAGGUACACGCUGCACGUCGAUGGCAGAACCUGUGUAGAAAGGGAUGAAACAGCCCCCACCACCCCUGACCACAAUGCCACGUUCUUGGCCGAGGUAGACAAACGAGUCAAGCGUCGACUGCUCAUGGAGACAUGUGCACUGAAUAAUGGAGGCUGUGACAGCACCUGCAAGGACACAUCUACAGGUGUUCGCUGCAGCUGCCCGGUGGGAUUUACUCUCCAACCGGAUGGCAAGUCCUGCAAAGACAUUGACGAGUGUGAACUCUAUAACGGUGGCUGUGAACACUACUGCAGGAACACCAUUGGCAGCUUUGAGUGUAGCUGUCGGAAGGGCUUCAAGCUGCUAACAGACGAGCGUUCAUGCCAGGAUAUUGAUGAGUGCUAUUUCAAGAGGAUGUGUGACCACAGUUGUGUGAACUCACCUGGUAGCUUCCAGUGUUUGUGCAACAAGGGCUUCAUUCUAUAUGGGCUUGCCCAUUGUGGAGAUAUAAACGAAUGUAGUUUGAACAACGGAGGAUGUGAACACACUUGUGAGAACACCAUGGGAAGUUUUGAGUGCCACUGUCAUGCUGGUUAUAAACUGCACUGGAACAAGAAAGACUGCAUCGAAGCAGAGGACUCUCCCCUAGUGCCUCCACCUGCCAGACCCACUCUGAACUGCAGUAAGCAGGGAGGGGGUGAGCAUUGCUACCUGAUCUGCCAGUCUCAGGUUCAAUUCAGCAAUGGGGCUGAAGAUUCAUACACAGUGACUUGUGGCAUGCCCCUACCCUGCUUUGCUGGAGGACAAUGGAACUACAAUGGGUCAUAUUGUCCAGGUUCAGGAAUUAAAACCAUCGCAACCUUUAAAUCUGGACAGGGGAAAUGUAAUCUGAAGCGCAGUCAUGAAACUCUCGCACAGAGCUUCAAAACAGCACUUUCAGAUAAAAGAUCCACAGAGAAUGUCCAGUUCAGCUUUGUUAGCCUGCACUGUACCUCUUCAAGCAGACAGCUGCGCAGUCGUCAUGGGCGGAAAGCUACCGAGGAGGAGGGAUCCUCCAUCACUGCCCAGUUUGAGCUGGAUUUCAACCUGGAGGAGGUAACAGCAGAGGGCUGUGACCUGGCAUGUGUUCGGCGACGCUAUGAAAAGCGACUUAAGAAGACUAUCCGCACUCUUCGAAAGUCUAUUAACCGGGAGCAGUUCCAUCUUCACUUUGCUGGGUCGGAGUACGAGCUAGCCAAGAAAUUUGUCCGACCCGCUGACCCACCUGAGUACUGCGGCACCGGACAGGUUCUGCUGGACAAGAAAUGUGUGAAAUGCAGCGUUGGGACAUACUACAAUGGAGAACAGGGAAGAUGUUUUCUUUGCCCGCCUGGGACGUACCAAGAUAAAGAAGGGCAGGUGUCAUGCAAUGUUUGCUCAGGUCCCGAGGGCAGGGGAAUCCCAAGAACCGCGGGAGCACGAAAUAUCUCGGAGUGUGGAGUUCAGUGCCAACCUGGUCAGUUCUCCCAUGACGGCUUUGUCCCGUGUCUGCCCUGCCCACAAGGCACCUAUCAGCCUGAGGUUGGACGCACAUCCUGUUUCCUAUGUGGAGGAAGCCUCACAACUAAAUAUGAUAGUGCUGUGUCAUUCAAGGAUUGCGAGACUAAAGUUCAGUGCUCCCCAGGACAUUACUACAACACUAACACCCAUCGCUGUAUCCGUUGCCCCAUUGGAACAUAUCAGAAGGAAUUUGGCCAAAACUACUGCAUUGCCUGCCCUGGAAACACUAGCACCGAUUUUGAUGGAUCCACAAACAUUAUGCAGUGCAAAAACCGGCACUGUGGAGGAGAGCUGGGAGAAUUCACUGGUUAUAUUGAAUCUCCCAACUACCCCGGCAACUACCCAGCCAAUGUCGAGUGCACCUGGAUAAUCAACCCUCCUCCCAAGCGGAGAAUCCUUGUUGUGGUACCUGAGAUCUACCUUCCCAUUGAAGACGAGUGUGGGGAUUACUUAGUGAUGCGGAAGAGUUCUCUACCUGAUUCAGUGACGACCUAUGAGACAUGCCAAACAUAUGAGCGGCCUAUCGCCUUCACCUCCCGUUCCAAGAAACUCUGGAUCCAUUUCCGGUCCAGCGAAGGAAACAGUGGAAAGGGCUUCCAAGUUCCUUAUGUCACCUAUGAUGAGGACUACCAGGAGCUAAUUGAAGACAUUGUUAGGGAUGGAAGAUUAUAUGCCUCUGAGAAUCAUCAAGACAUUUUGAAGGACAAGAAGCUCAUGAAGGCUUUAUUUGAUGUCCUUGCCCAUCCACAAAACUUCUUCAACUACACUGCACAAGAGUCCAGAGAAAUGUUUCCCAAAUCAUUUAUCAAAUUCCUCCGCUCCAAAGUUUUGAGAUUUCUUCGCCCCUAAAUUUUGGUAAAGAAUCUUUAUUGAAAGAAUAUUUGGCGCUUCAUUAAAACUUUACUAACCUGGGACAAAUAUACCUGAAUGUUCUUAGUGGCCUGGCUGCAUACUCUUUCUGGAUUAAAGACUUUCUUUUGGUCCUGACGAGAUGAGAGCUCAUGAGUAAUGAGAGCACAGACAUUACUUUGUACAUCAUUGGGAGGUUUUUCUUCUGAAGAAAAUGAACUCUACUUCCAGUGAAUAGAUAGCUAGCUGCUCUUACAGCUGCAAAAUCGAGCACACUUCUUAACUACCUCUGAAGACAAAGGCCCUGCCUUAUUUAUUCUUUUAUAGACCAGAAGUCACUGUGUUGGCCAAAUUUGUUAAUUACUUCCUGUUAAGAACAAAAUUAAGAGGCAUUUAAUAAGAAGAGCAACUGAAUUACUGGGUAUACAGUAUAUUGGCGAUUCUAAGAUAUCUGUCAUCUUUUGUAAAAUAUGUUGAUUAACAUAUUUUCAAAACUUUAAAGCACUACUAAGGACGUAGUGGAAGUUAAAGCAGUUAAAGUUAUUUUUGCGAGUUUUAUUGUGUUGUAAUUUAUGUAAAAAAAUAGGAUCAGGUCAUGUUACUGUAUUUUAUUUUUUUGCAUUGUAGCCUUCUUCAUACAAGACAUACUGUACAUGGCUUUGUAUUCUUCAUUUGUCCGCAGUAUGAAUCUUAGACAGUAUUUUCAGUGGCACUGGUCAGGUACAACGAUACUUUUUGCUUUAUCAGUUAUUUCUCUUCAUUCACUACAACACAUAUGUUCAAAUUUAUCAUAUAGUCAGAUUUUUGUUUACUUUUAAGAUGUCGUAAUGUAUUAUGAGACUUAAGAAUUGCAUUGGUUUUCAGGUAAAGACGCCUCCAUCACCCAGACAGUUUUUUAUAAUUAUUAUUAAAAUGCUCUUGAUGUAGGAUUGAUUACCCAUUGUUGAUGACAUGCAGAGUAAAUUAAAUUAUAUUUUUAUGUUUGUACAUCUAACAUAUAA